AUGCGUCUGUCUUCAGCGCACCGCUGGCUAGCAGCCUUGCUGCUGGCGCUCGUCCUCGCAGCAACGCCCAUCACAGCUCGAAGUCGUCAGAGCGGGCCGCUCCAACGCAUCGCGCGGACCAGCAACGUCCAGCUCGAGCAAAUCCCUCCCUCGUUCACAUCGGCCACUCGUUUACAGUCCCGAACAUCGUCCGCGAAUCAACAUCCUCUUCGCCUCAGCUUCCGCGCCUUCCAGCAGGACUUCCAUCUUCACCUGCAGCCGAACAACGAACUCCUGCAUCCCGAUGGAACGCUCGUCAAGUACUACGCCCACAACGAGACCACCGGCGAAAGCUACGUCCGCUCCACUCAGACACUCUAUCCCGGCGACGUGGCCGCAUACCACGGCGUCGUCGUCCAUGCAUCCCAUUCCCGCCGACGCCUAGAAGAGGACCGCGCCGGCUUCGCUCGUGACAUUUACCGCGACCGCGACUUUGGCGUAGUCGGCCGAGCCUCCAUCCUGCUCCACGACGACGGCUCCGUGUCGGGCGAGCCCAUCUUCGAAGGAAGCUUCGAUUGGUUCGGCAACGUCCACCACGUCGACACGCCCCGAAGCUACCUGGCCAAGCGACAGGCCGACGAUCCCGCGCUUGAACCUCGCUCGCAGAACACCGCUUCCAUGGUCGUGCAUCGAGACUCGGACAUCUCCCUCGAGCCCAGAGACGAAGCGACGAGCGCCACGACCUUCAGCAACUUUACCCAGUCCAUGGGCUGCUCCUCCGACGCGCUCUCGUUCAACAGCCACAACCGCCUCGUCCUGAGCGAUGACACCAACGAUGCCACCAGCCGUUCCGUCUACUCGUUUUUCAAGAUGCCUGCUCCACCUCGUCUCGCUCGUCGAGACCUCUUUUCCGGCUGGAACGAUCUCUUCACCAGGUCACUACAGGACGACCUCAUCGAGUCGCCCCAGGCGUCUCCCGACGACUUUGUGUACCACGAGGACCUCGACGACUACCUUGAACCCACCUUCCGCAAGAGGCAGGCGACGGGUAACGACAUCGGCAACGGCUCCAACCAGACCAACAGCUACGAAAACGUCAUUGGCUCCACUGCUGGCUGUCCCAACAGCGCCCGCGUCGUCUACGCCGGCAUCGCUUCCGACUGUGCCUAUACGCAGCGAAGGGGUGACCAGGACGCCGCUCGUACCGAGAUCCUCAACAACAUGAACUCGGUCUCCAACCUGUACCGAUCCACCUUCAACAUCUCGAUCGGCGUCGUCGAACUCGACGUCCGCUCCGGCAACUGUCCCGCCACCGCCACGCAGGAUGCGCCAUGGAACAUCGGUUGCGGCACCAUCUCGAUCGACGAGCGCCUCAGCGACUUUUCGCAAUGGAGGACGCAGCAGCCUGGCAACGGCAUCGGUCUCUGGCAUCUCAUGACCGCCUGCAACUCGGGCAGCGAGAUCGGCGUCGCCUGGCUCGGCACCGUAUGCAUGACCACCGGCUCGAGCAGCAGCGGUCAGACGGUCAGCGGCACCGGCGUCAGCUCCAUCACACAGCAGCAGUGGCAGGUCAUGGCGCACGAGAUGGGCCACAACUUUGGCGCUAUUCACGAUUGCACCAACGGCUGCACCAGCAACUCCAACUACGCCACCCAGUCGGGCGGUGCGCCUUGCUGCCCGCUCUCGGCAUCGAGCUGCAACGCCAACGCGCAGUACAUCAUGAACCCAUCGUCACGAGCCAACAUCCAGAGCUUCAGCCAGUGCUCGAUCGGAAACGUUUGCUCGCUGCUGGGACGGGGUCUCGACACCUCGUGCGUCCAGACGCCCGGCGCACGCAGCACUCUGAGCACACAGCAGUGCGGCAACGGCAUCCUGGAGCCCGGCGAGGAGUGCGACGCCGGACCCAACGGCUCGCGAUGCUGCACGUCGGAAUGCAAGCUCGCCUCUAAUGCCCAGUGUGACCCUGCCUCGAGCCCCUGUUGCUCGGAUUCGUGCAGCUUCGCACCUUCGUCGCAGAUGUGCCGUCCCUCGGUGGACAGUCGAUGCGACACGGCCGAGUACUGCACUGGAUCUUCCGCCGAGUGUCCGGCCGACCAGACCAACGAAGAUGGCAGCUCGUGCGGCAACGGUCUCACGUGCGCCAACGGCUUCUGCACUUCGCGCGAUCUGCAGUGCCAGCAGGCAUCCACCGGCUCCAUCUCGUUCCGAUCCGCAUGCGCGGCGUCCAACGCCAACUCUUGCCAGCUGACGUGCCAGAGCCCCACCUCUCGCAACCAGUGCCUCAUCCUCCAGCAGCCCUUCAUCGACGGCACCAGCUGCGGCUACGGAGGACGAUGCGAAAACGGCGAGUGCAAGUCGGGCUCGUGGCAGACCACCUUCCGCAACCUGUACAAGGACAACCUCCGGAUCUCGAUUCCCGUCACCAUCAUCGUGGGCAUCAUUGUGCUGCUCAUCCUCUGGGCCAUUGUGCGCCGAUGCUGCUGCUCUUCGAGGCGACAGCGAGGCGCAGGCGCUGCCAAGGCCUCGAGAGCGUCCCGAGGGCCAAACAUGGGCUACGCCCCUGGCUCUGCCUACAAUCCCGUCGCCACACCGCAAAGCACCGCAAGUGGCUCGCACGCACCCAACGGCUUUGCGCCGCCUCCCGGACCUCCACCGCCCGCACGAGAGUCCUCCUCCAUUGUAUUUUCCGCAUUCAUCGUAAGGAUCGUCUUCAGCACUCCAUCACCAGGAGCUGCGAAACCCUAUCAUUUCGGCCACCUCGCCACCGCCGCGGCCGCCAAGCGAAGGAGGGUCAAUUUCCAAAAUGUGGUGUGCACGCACGUUCUGUUCGUGCAGCUUCAGCACGGACACCUGGGCCUCCAACCCACCGGCGCCAGCCCAGUGUCUCACGUGCUGAGCCGCUCACCGAAGCUCGACGGGAAAUCGAAAAAACAUGCAAAGCACUCGAGCAAAGCACUCGAGCGCAGGCUUUGCAGCGCUUUGCAACGCUCUGCUCGCUCGGGUCACUUUGACUUCUGUUCGAUAAUCCCAAAUCCCACCGGAGACUGUCGCGCUUGCGCAGCCGGCACGUCGUACUCCCGCACCACCACCACUACCAUCAGCUACGCUGCCACCGAUAGCUUGCCGGCUCAACGUCGGAUCGUGCUCUUCUGGCGGCUACGAAGACACGCUCGGACGCGGCUUGGUCGAAACGCUCACAAUCGUGGCAACCUCGAUGUGCGACGAGUGAGCGACGCAAGCUUGCGCGACUCGGUCCCACUUCCCAUCCCGGCGCAUCCCGCUGGCUGUCUUGUCCUCGAUCCCAGCAACCCAAGAACCAUGCUUUCCACAAGCCCCGAUCACACUUCCGCCGCCUCACCACCUGGAGCCCCCUCUCCACAGUCGUCCUCUGUAGGCUCCUGCUACACAUCCUCGUCCUCGCAAGCCUCUGUUCGAGCACGCCACACGCUCUCCGACCCCUCUUCCAGCUCCACCAGCCCAGCCAGCGCCUUUGAUCGAUCCUCGGACUACCACACCGCACCUGCACCUGCCAAGCGUCCUUCCAACGGCGGCGCGAGUGCGGCACACACCCACCAGUCCUUCAGCGCGCUUGCCGCACAGCAGACCGGCUUGGCUUCCUCCGCAGCCUGCACAACUAUGAAUCCGCACUCGACCGCUUACGAGGCCAUGGACCCUCGAGCCUACCUGCGUGCCGGUCCCUCGAGCAGAGCGCAUCCGGACGCUGCGACGCCAUCUCCAAACGAGCCGCGAUAUUCUCAGGGCGGAAGUCCGGACAACAGUCGCGCACCGGCGGCAAAGACUCGACGCACCAGCCCAGGAGGAUCGCGCGCAUCUGGCAACCUCGCACCCUCUCACUAUGACCGGACCGAAAGCCCGCACCCGGAAUACACUGCCAUCGCCCACGCAGCUCGAAGCUCACAGCUUGACACGAGCGCCAACUCAUCGGCUUUCACGUCGUCCAAUGCAUCGACACUGCAUCCGUCGUCCUCGUUUGCGCCCAUGGACUGGAGUUCGGAGGCGGCCACACAUGCCUCUUCACACCGUGCAGCGAGUCCUGGCGAUCCUCGGCCUGCUGCCAGCCACAUGCCGACGAGCAAUGCGACCGUGGCAUCCACCUCGUCCACAGCUGCCUCUCCUCGCACACACUCCGAUGGGCAGUCACAUCCGGCGCAUCAAUGCGCACCCUCAUCGUCUGGCGCACAAGCUCCCGCAUCCAUAUCAGCCCGAGCCUCUGCAAGCUCGUCGGCGGAUCGGGCCGAGACCAAGUCGCAUGCGCAGUCCAUGCCCAAGAUGGACCUGGCCACCUUUCCGCCGCAGGAGCUGCUCAAGAUCCUCGCAACUCUUCUGCAGGAGAUCGCGUCAGCCAACGACGAUUUCCAGCCAGACGGAAGCAAGGACGAGUCGCGCAGCCGAAGAGGCGCCCGCACGCGAGAUCGCUCGACUCCAGCAACGCCCGCAGAGGCCUCCGACUCAGCAGACACCUCGGCGGCGCGGGAUUACGCCGCUCCGCCAGGCUCGCAUCUGUCGUUCAGCGAUUCGCGCCGACCGUCGGUGACGACGGCGGCGCUAGGCGCGCUGGCGACGCCAUCCAGCACGCUCUGCUUCCACGCACGAAACGUGCCGAGCAUCAGCAUCGAGUCGUACCUGCUGCGCAUCCUCAAGUACUGUCCCACGACCAACGAGGUCUUCUUGAGUCUGCUCGUCUACUUUGACCGCAUGAGCAGGAUGGGCACGGGCGCCAAGCCAGGUGCCAACGGCGGCGGUGAGGCAGCAGGCGAGGCGGCGGGACUACCUCGCGCCCUUGAGCGGGCGACGGGCCAGGGCGAGGCUGCGUCGCAGCCUUCCGCAACGCGCGGUUCGGACGGAGAGGCGUCGUCGUUGGACCCCAAGCCAGAGCACGCCGCCGCGCACCCUGGCAUCCGCGGGUUUGCUAUCGACAGCUACAACGUGCAUCGACUGGUGAUUGCAGGCGUGACGGUGGCAAGCAAGUUCUUCAGCGAUGUCUUCUAUACCAACAGUCGCUAUGCCAAAGUGGGAGGCCUGCCGCCGCACGAGCUCAACCAGCUCGAGCUGCAGUUUUUGCUGCUCAACGAUUUCCGGCUGACGAUUCCACUCGAAGAGAUGCAGCGCUAUGCGGACCAGCUGCUCAUGUACGGUAGCGGCAGAGCCGAGCUGGCCAGGUCGACCAAGCAGGCCAACCCAGCCUCAAGCUUGGAUGCAAGCCGGCCGAAUGCGGCGACCGGCGAGCCAGUUGCCGGACGGCCGUCGACCAGCGCGGCUGGAGGUGCGGAGCAUGACUCGGCUGGAACGACGUUGCAGAUGGCAGGUCAGGCGAGACCAACAGACGAAGCAGGUGUUGACACGCAGGGAGACGUCCACAUGUCGGAUGUCAAGACAAGCUGA